UUUGGAGGGUUUUGAAAUUGAGCCUUACUGUUGGGUUGAUGUUUGUUGCAGCAACUGCUCAAGAAGCCAAGCCUCGCUGCCAAGAGAGCUGUGGCAACAUCAGCAUCCCAUACCCUUUUGGUACUAGUCCUGGUUGCUACAUUGCUGAAGAGUUUCUCAUCACCUGCAACGCUACCAAUUACAGUCCUCCACAAGCAUUCUUAACCACAAGUAAUAUCCAGGUGCUAGAAAUAUCGUUCCAGGGGCAGCUCCGAAUCUCGGGUUCGGCCGGCUAUGAUUGCUACAACCCCAAUGAUUACUUUAAUAGCUGGCUUAGACUCUCUAAAUUCACCAUUUCCACUACUCAAAACAAGUUCACCGCUGUUGGCUGCGACACCUAUGCCGUGGUUGAGGGUUCUCGUGGGAGAAAUUACACCACUGGCUGCCUCUCACUGUGCGAUAGCAUCGACGAUGUCAUCAAUGGGUCUUGCUCCGGAAUCGGUUGCUGUCAGACCUCCAUUCCCAGGGGGGUAAGGGCUUACAACAUCACACUUAGAAGCUAUGACAGACACAAACAGGUUCUAGACUUCAAUCCUUGCAGUUACGCCUUUGUGGCUGAGGAUGGUGUCUUCAACUUCUCAUCCCUUGACCUUCUUGGCCUGAGGGGUAGAAAUCAGUUUCCUCUGGUGCUUGAUUGGGCUAUCGGAAACAAAACUUGCCAUGAAGCAGAAAUGGACGCAGCAAACUAUGCGUGCAAGGAGAACACACAAUGUCAUGACUCCACCAGUGGCCCAGGCUAUGGCUGCAGUUGCUCUGACGGCUACCGAGGCAAUCCCUACCUCGGCUGCCAAGAUGUAGAUGAGUGUUUGACAUUAAGCCCUUGUAAUGGAACAUGCCUGAAUCUACCUGGUACUUUUAAUUGCUCUUGUCCAAAGGGGUAUGAAGGCGAUGGAAGAAAAAAUGGAACUGGCUGUACUCUCGUUGCUAGUCAAUCCCAGAGGUUUCCCUUGAUUAUCAUACUAGGUACCAGUAUAACUCUUUUAGUUAUACUAUUGACCAGUUCUUGGAUAUAUCUGGGACUAAGGGAAAGAAAGCUGAUCAAACGCAAAGAAGAAUUCUUCCAGCAAAAUGGUGGGAUUAUGCUGCAACAACUUCUUUCCAAAUAUGAUGGAUGCACAGAAACGACUAAAAUAUUCACUGCCAAAGACCUUCAGAAAGCAACAGACGACUAUCAUGAAAGCAGAAUCUUAGGCCAAGGAGGACAAGGAACAGUUUAUAAAGGAAUUUUACCCGACAAUAGAGUUGUUGCCGUUAAGAAGUCUAAGGUGAUGGAUCAGAGCCAAGUUGAACAAUUCGUUAAUGAAGUCCAUAUUCUCUCCCAAAUCAACCAUAGAAAUGUGGUAAAAUUAUUGGGAUGCUGUUUAGAAACUGAAGUUCCUUUACUAGUCUAUGAAUUUGUGACCAAUGGCACCCUCUCUAGCCAUAUACAUGACACUAAGUGCACAUCUUCUCUUUCAUGGGAAACUUGUUUGCGGAUUGCAUCUGAAACCGCGGGGGCCCUUUCAUAUUUGCACUCUUCUGCUUCAACUCCAAUUAUUCAUAGGGAUGUUAAAUCUACUAAUGUUCUCUUAGAUGAUAAUUUCACGGCCAAAGUAUCUGAUUUUGGAGCAUCGAGGCUAGUCCCUCUAGAUCAAACCCAAGUAGCCACGUUGGUGCAAGGGACAUUUGGAUACCUAGACCCCGAGUAUUUUCAUUCAGGCCAAUUGACUGACAAAAGUGACGUUUACAGUUUUGGGGUUCUUUUGGCGGAGUUGCUGACUGGAAAAAAGGUAAUUUGCUUUGAUAGGCCUGAGAAAGAGAGACAUUUAGUAAGGUUAUUUCAUUCUGCAGUGAAAGAGGAUCGUUUACUGGAAGUUCUUGACAAUAAAGUUCUGAAUGAGGAACAUGUUCAAUAUUUUAUGGAGGUUGCAAUGUUAGCAAAAAGGUGUUUAGAAGUGAAGGGACAAGAAAGGCCUACUAUGAAGGAAGUUGCAAUGGAAUUAGAGAGAGUACUAAAACUGAUAGAGAAACACCCAUGGGUACAAGGUCAUGAUUGGAAUUUAGAAGAGACUGAGGCCCUAAUGAAUGAAUCUUUAAAGGCUGCGUAUGGUUGUGACAGUAGCAACACAACAGGGUAUGAUAGUUUGAAGAGUGAAGUUAAAUUGAAUAUUGAUAGUGGUCGUUAAGUAUGUAUUUUUACUUUUAUUUUUGUCUUUAUUUUGAAUAAGGAUGUAUGAUCUUUAUUACAAGUUGGUCAUAAGUUCUUAUUGUUUGUCAUGUUUAUGUGAUGGUAUA